AUGUAUAUGCGAUAUGUUAAAGACAUGCAUCCAAAUAGUUACGGUGAACUACGAAGUGAAUACAAAUACUACAUAGAUUUAUAUAUUGCAUUGUAUCAGCUGAAAACUGAAAAAGAAGAAGAAUUAAACUCAAUUUACAAAAUGAUCAAAACAGAAAUGAUUGACUCAAAGAAAUAUUCCGCUAAAAAUAUUACAAGAGACAUUUUAAAUAUCAUUCCGUAUAAUAAUCACUAUACAAAGUCAUAUUUAUUUCUUGCCAAACAAUUCUGUGAUGAUUAUCAUGUCGAAAAGAUCAGCAAAGUUAUAAACAUUUCUAACUACUUGUUCUAUCAAGAAUAUGGAAUUAAAUUAAGCGAUAUUGAUGAUUUCGAUAAAAAUAAACCAAAAAAUCUAAACAUUCAUACAGAAGAUACAAUUUACAGUGCAAUUAUGGAUAAUGACAAAGAAAGAUUCAUAUCAUUCAUAGAACGAGAAGGAUUUGAUAAAGAUAAAAAACUUGACAGCGAUUUAUAUCCCUUAAUUAAUGCAUCAUUACUUGAAUUAUGCUGUUAUCAUGGAGCAGUUGGUUGCUUCAAGUUAUUAAGAGCGAAAUUUAACUCAAAAAUAACUCGAAAUUGUCUAAAUUUAUCAUUUUUAGGAAGAAAUCCAGAGAUCAUGAAUGAAUGUUUGAAAUAUCAACAACCUGAUGGAGAAAGCAUGAAAUAUGCAAUUAUUUCACACAACAUUGAUUUUGUUACAUUCUUGAUGAAUAAAUAUGAUUUAAUAAUCGAUUUAUAUGAUUGUGAAAGUUAUAAUAAUCUUGAUUCUUUUUUGGUUUAUUACGAUCAAAUGCAUGAUUUAAACAGCUGCUUUGUUAAAUCGGCAUGUUUCAAUAUACCAUCCUUAUGCAAAUAUUUUCUGUCACAUGGUGCAAAUAUCGAUGUAAAAAAUAUGAUUGGAGAAACUGCUCUUCAUAUUGCAGCAAUAAAUAAUAGUAAAGAAACAGCAGAACUUCUUAUAAAAAAUGGUGCAGAUAUCUAUAUAAAAGAUAUGUAUUGUGAAACCGCUCUUUAUUAUGCAGUAAUAAAUAAUUGUAAAGAAACAGUAGAACUUCUUAUUACGAAUGGUGCGAAUGUCAAUAAUAAGAAUAAAAAUGGACAUAUUACUCUUCAUGAUGCAGCACUAAGAAAAUAUAAAGAAAUUGUCGAGCUUCUUAUUUCACAUGGUGCAAAUGCCAAUGAGAAAGAUAAUGAUGGGAAAACAGCUCUUCAUAUUGCAGCAACAAAUAAUUGUAAAGAAAUAGCGGAACUUCUUAUUACAAAUGGUAUAAAUAUCAAUGAAAAAGAUAAAUAUGGAUCUAUUGCUCUUCAUAAUGCAGCAGUAAGAAAUAAUAAAGAAAUUGCCAAGCUUCUUAUUUCACAUGGUAUAAAUAUCAAUGAAAAAGAUAAUGAUGGAAAAACCGCUCUUCAUUAUGCAGUAAUAAAUAAUUGUAAAGAAAUAGCCGAACUCCUUAUUUCACAUGAUGCAAAUAUCAAUGAAAAACAGAAAAAAUGA